GUGAUCGGCCCGAUAGGGUGGGGGAGGGAUAAAAAGAAAGAGAGAGAUAUAACUACAUGUAUAUUUAUUUAUAUAUAUAUAUAUGAGAAUAAAGAAAAGGCCGUAACUGCAACGGCAGAUCAAGUGACUCGCGAGUGGAGAAAAAGACGAGGAGGAGGAGGAGAGAUAUAAAGAAUAAACCGAUAAGAGAAACUGCAGCUGCCGAUGUUGCUCCACUUGUUGCUUCGGUUGGGUGUUUAUUGUAGUAUUCGUUGUUAUUUCGCUGUGCCUCGGGAAGCUGCAACGUAGUGGAAGAAGCAGAGAAGGAGGAAGAGAAGAAGAAAAGUGCAAUAUAUACCUCCGUAUAGACGACCAACACACGGGGCUCUGAAUGGAGCAACUUCCCUGAAUCAACAGGUGUUUCCCGGAUGGCGGGGAGGUCGGUCGCAAGAUGACGACGGAACUGCAGCCGUCGCCGCCAGGUUAUCGCACAGCCCCGGGGCAGGAUGACUGCCCGGCAAAGCUGUACCACCACCGCGGCCAUCACCUCAAUUACAUCAGCAGCAGCAGCAGUAGCAGCAGUAGCACCAGCAGCAACGGCAGCAACAGCAGGGCAUCGCCCGAGCGACCCGACAAGACGCAGAUUGUCGCUGCCCCGGAUACCAUUAUUACCCCGACGAGCGUCGUCAUCGACGCCUACGGCGAACAGGGAUACUGCAAGAAGAAAGCUUCGGGGUACAAGCAUGACAGUGGGUACAGCGAGAGCCUGGGUUUCGAGAGCUUCAGUCUGGCGCUCAGCGAGAGGGACGCGGCCUCGCCGCCGCCCACGCCACCGGUGCGGGACGCCUCGAGCCUCAAGGCUGUCUGUUACGGACCCGGACACGAGAAGUACCCAUCCUGGCCCACGGCUCCCGAGUGCCGUUACGCGAAUGGUGGUAACGAGGACGACGAGGGCUCGGCGGUAGCCCAGGCGGGCGGCUCCCACCGCUCCAAGUCCUGGACCGACCACACGAACUACCCCAAGGAGAAGCCCGCCCAGUACACGAGACCCCACAACAAGAGGCCCAACGCCACCUUCACGCAACAGCUGAAAACGGUCAUGGAGCGGUGCGAGAAGAUACCGGCCGAGGCGUUCGAGUCGCGGGGCCGUAGCAGCAGCAUCAGCGAGAAGGAGCAGCAGCCAACGCGGCUGUGGCCAAGCGUGGACCGCGAGGGCAAGGCGCUGGGUGACGCCGAGUACGUCGUGCCGUCGCCGCCCGAGCGGGAAUCCCUGCAGGCCAAGACCCUCAGUCCCGCGGAUCUCGAGGCUUACGUAAGGAGUUACCAGGAUCCGCAAGUCUCCCAUCAGGUCGAACUGUAUGACGAGAACGAUCUGACGCAAACUGGACUGGAGGAGUACACGACGGUCCAACACUCCCAGCAGGCGAGUUACGCCCAGUCGGAGGGUUACCACAGCUACGUUUCUAGCGUGGAUUCGACGACCACCACCCCAUUUUUGGACAGAUUGCGAAGGGACAGCGAGGCCGUGGCCCAGAGGCCGUUGACCUCGUGGGAGGAUGGCUCCUCGCGGGAGGGCCGCGACAGCGUAGUGACGACCUCGAGUGGGAGCGCCUCGAGCAGCGAGACCCUCAAGUGGCAUGGCUCCAUGUCCGACGUGAGCGUGUCGAGCGGCAUGCCAGCCUCGAGGUCGUCGGGCAUGACUCAGGAUCGCUGGCAUCACGGCUCGAUGUCCGACAUAAGCAGCAUCAACGGGGGCGCGUGUCCCCAGAUCAUGGCCAACAACGGCAGUGGCAUCAAGUCCGGCGUCGACGAGAACGACAAGUGGCACGCGGCGGACUCCAUGAUCGACAAUCACCACCAUCACAGCCACACCAAGAGCAACAACAGACUGAGCAGGGACAGCUGGCAGGUUUCGAUGAACGACCGGAACAAGGAGCUGGCCAACGUCGCCGCCGACGACGAGAAAUCGGCGCCCUGGGACCAGCAGCAACAGGGCAACCACUCGUUGUCCAAGAGCUACCACUCGGUGGCCGACAGGUCGAGCCUCAUCGUCGAUCAGACGGUGCAGGCCAACGACUGGGAGAACUCGAUCCACAGCUCCAUGUCCGACGUCAGCCAGACGACCAACGGCAGUUCACCCGGGGCACCGACCAGCAAGCAACUGAUAGCCCACAGUGCCAGGGUUCAGACACCGCAGAGGCACCACUCGGAGAGCGUCCUGUAUCUGGACAGGGAGCGCAGCCAGAGAAAGCUCUAUCCCGUGAGCACUACCAAGCUGGAUGAGAACAGCCAUUCCGUCCCGAGAUCACCGGUAUCGGGGACGGUCCAGCCGACGGUGGCCGAGCGCAUAAGCGAGCUGGAGAAGCAGCAACAGCAGUACCAGAUGCGCUACACGUACCUCGACCCGGAGAAGCGCCACCGGGUCUCCGACCCCACGCUCAAGGCCAUCCAAAAGAAGGCCCUGCUCUCGUUCUACGAGCGCCACCACCAGGCCUCCUGGCGUUCGGAGCCCCACCUGAUCCAGCAGCAGGGCCAGCGCCACAGCCCUCCACCCCAGCCACCACCCAGACCCAGGCCCGCGUCUUCGAGGAGAGCCUCGAGCGCCUCGGACUACGCGAGCGGGGUCUGGCGCGAGAAGAACACCGGGACGACCAAGUCACCACCAACCGGCAGCCCAACCAGCCCCUCCGGACCCACCUCGGACGCAUCCCUCAUGCCCAGACAUCAGCACAGCAAUAGCUGCGGCAGCCUCUCGACGGACCUACUGGGCCCCGUGAUCAUCGGCCCGGCCAUAUCGAUCGACGACUGGGUGCCCGAGCGACCGCCCAAAAAGCCCCAUCUGAGGCACGCCUACAGCGACAGACUACCGAGUCCGGAUCUACCGCCACCGUCCCCACCCAACGUCACGGACGUCGAGGUGCAAUGCUUUGACGACCCGCUGCCACCACCCCCGCCGGAGCUGUCCCAAGUCUGUUCCACGGAAUCGAGGCUCCCGUCGCCCGAGAACCCGCACCACGAUGAACCGAUCAAGGAGAGAAACUCCAGCUCGAGGCGGUCCUCGCGCAAGAAGGUGCCGGUGGAGGCGCCCCCGCUGAGUAGUCCGACCAAAGCCACCGUCGAGCCGAUGGAGAACGGCUUCGGGUCGAGCAACCGGUCCAGCGGGCGCUACUCCUCGGCCCGGAAGAUCCUCAUGAACGAGAAGAUAGCCGCGAUGCGGAGAUCCUCGGACGAGCGGCUGCCCGACCUCGUGGCCCAAAAGUACAACGACUCCGGGAACCAGAGGCCGGCGCCCCAGGUGCCCGUCACCUCCAACGGCAGCUCCCCUCGCGACAUCGUACAGGCAGAACCAAAGAUCAAGAGGCAGGACUCGUUCGGGCCGGAGGGGGCCAAGUCCAAGCAGCCGGCUUGGACGCUGGAUUGUUCGAGCCGGCAGAAGCCCCGGCCGCAAGUUCCCAACGGGCUCGCGUCGGCUCAGCUCGGGACCAAGAGCUCCGCGAGGGGCGGCCUCUUUGCCAGCAAGUAUCACCAGCAGCGCAACUACUUGGCUCUGCCGCCCAAGUACGCGGAGGCGCCGGUCCUCGAGGACUCCCCGCCACCGCUCGCCCCGAGGAAAAAGCUGUCCCCGCCGCCCAGGCCUGCCCCGCUCCACUCGGCCGCUGUUGUCCAUCAGGGGAGCCAGUCCAAGGCCUCCUAUUUGGCUUAUCGGCGCGAGCGCGGGGCCCCGGACUGCGAGGGCAGCUACAAGCGCACCAUGUCGCCGAACGCCCGCCUCGACGAGCCUGUGCUCCUCACUGUCACACCGUUGCACAACAACAACAACAAGAACAACAACAACAACAGCCACAACAACAACAACAACAGCAAGAGUCAGUACCAGCUGAGGCAUCACAAGCCGCACUCCAACAGGCACGAGCUGUCCAAGUCCCAGAGCUCGGACGGGCUGGAGCAGUACCACCAGAACCACCGGCUGGACGACCACCUGUCGCGCAAGUCGUUGCACAACGUGAGCACGACCGAGGCCCCGGCGCCGAGUCACCUGGACAACAAUAGCAAAGGAAACUCGCUGCCGAAUGAUGCCGGCUCGCGGAGGCAGGAGCGCCGGGAGAGGCUGUCGCCCCAGAGCGUCGAGGUGCUCAACGACAGGAACAGACAGCUCGAGCGGGAGAGGAGGAAGCUGGCGGCCAGCUGCGAGCCCCAGAGCCGGCUCGUCGAGGACUUUUACCGGGAGACCGGGGUCACGACGAUCGAAAUGACCUCGCGCAACGUCGAGAUCCUCAACCGGAGAAACGUCGCGGAGAAGCAGCGGGUCGCCGCUCUCGAGCCGAGGAGUACGAUCGGCAGUUCGCACAAGUCCCGGGAAUCGCCGACGACCCCGAGCUCGAUGGCAACGACGACGACGAUCGGCACGACGAUGGCAGUGACGGCCAUCACGUCCGAGCGCAAGAUCUCGAGCCCGACGCAGACCGAUCGCAGCGGCUCGAGUUGGGACCGUAAAAGUGGCUCCAUCAGCAGUGCCGCGAGCAGCAGCUCGUCGAGUCCGGCCUCGUCGGUGCGAAUGUCGCCGAGCGAGUCGAGGAUCGAGAAGCUAUCGACGAGCUCUGGCUCGCCCUGCGACUCGCCCUCGCCGCUCCCGGAGGGCCUGACCCUCGUCCAGAGGACCGAGGUCGUGCUCAGGGUCAACGCCCCGACGAACGACGUGGCCUCGCAGACCGAGACGCCCGAGGAGCUCGGCAAGCAGGAGAGGAUCAGGCACGAGGAGGAGAGCCUCGCCAAACCGAGGAAGAAGCUCCGCGAGGAGAUCGAGUGCGAGGAGCUCAGCAGGGACCUGGCCAACCGGCUCGGCCCCGACGACAAGCUCUUACCGAUUUUGGUUCCAGCGCCGGAGCACAAAAAGUCCACGGACUACGUGGUCGACCUGUUCAGGGUGGAGGCUGCCGUCAUCCAGCCACGACCCCGUCCAAGGAUCGCGGCGGAGGAGCCAGUGGUGUCCGACAGCGAGUCCGAAAAAGACGGGAGGAUCGACUCGAUACCAUCAACGCCAGUGACGCCAUCGGCCACCACAACAACGGCCGACUCCUCAAGCAGUCCGCUCUCGCCCAACUCGGUGUACUUCACGACUUCCGAGAGCAAGGCCCGCUUCCUAACGAGGUACUCGCAGGACGCGGUCGUCGUUGGCGAGCAAGUCACGGCUCAGCCGGCAGCCCCUCCCGCUGCUACUUUGGCACCGGACAAUCUCGACCUUCGCCAGAAGAAGGAGGAGUUGAUGAUCAGAUUGGACAAGAAACUGGUCGUACUGAGGGCCGAGCAGGAGGCCGUCCGCGAGGAGGGCGAGGUGAACGAGGGGCUGGGCGCGCGAGUAGGCACACGGGUUACCACCGUCGCGAGACCGGCCGAGGCUUCCAAGUACAAGCUGCACGUCGAGGAGGUCGGCAAGAUCACCAGUCUACUGCUCGGGCUCAGUGGUCGACUCGCCCGCGCCGAGAACGCCCUGUACGGCAUGCCCGCCGAUCACGCCGAAAGGAAAGUGCUCGAGGCCAAGCGAGACAAGCUGAUCGACCAGUUGGAGGAGGCGAAGAUCCUGAAGAGCAACAUUGACCGUCGCAGCAUCAACGUGUCCAACAUACUGGCCAAGUACCUGAACGACGAGGAGUUCGCCGAUUACCAGCACUUCAUCAAUAUGAAGGCCAAGCUGAUUGUGGAGAGCCGCGAGAUCCAGGACAAGGUGAAACUCGGCGAGGAACAGCUGGCCGCGCUCAAGGAAGCCAUCGACCUCUAGUUACCUAAGCUCCGAAGCAAAUGGUGUGCUCUCCCGCCCCUCAAAGUCCCGAGGCGCGCGUAUUCGGCUGCACGAGGAUGUCACGGUGGACGAGCGAUUUAAGUGUCGUAUGCUGUCUGUCGUAAUCGAAGGAACAAGCGCAAACAGUAAAACCUGUAUAGAAAAGAUGAACAACGAGGAAAUCGCGUCCCCUGCCGUUUACGCAAGGUCGCGCGGGAGAGAGCCUAGUCCUUGCGCGUCGUUCGAGAGAUGUGGCGUUGAGGAAGGUAAUAAAAAAAAAAGCGAGAGAAAAGAUCGACGUGGAGUUGUGUUGGAAAAAAUCGAAGAAAAAAAGAAAAAACAAACAUCCAAGAAGAUACAAGAGGAACGUCGUUUUGUGUAUUUGGUUAAUUUUACGCCUACGCUUGCGAAUGCUUGUCCAUGGCUUAAUACGCGUUUGUAAUUUAUUCAAGUACGCGCAAUUUGUUUCGCUUUGGAGACAAAAAACUUGAAAAAUUAUCAGCCGUGGUUCCUCGCGUCCUUGGUUAUGUAACAAUUAAUCUGCAGACAAACCGAGAGUUGUAUUUCAAUAAUGUGUUGUA